UUAAUAGUGGCUAAUGCUCCCCAUGACGUCAUUAUAACCGAGCAGAAGCGAUAAGACCGUCAAAAAAGCAAGCGAAAUAGAAGAAUUGUAUUGUUCUAUAGCUACUCCUCGCAGAAACUCAAGUUAAGCUUGUUUUUUUGUACUUUCGUCUGCGUUAAAAUGUCUUACGCUUAUCUAUUUAAAUACAUCAUUAUUGGGGAUACAGGUGUUGGGAAAUCAUGUCUUCUACUACAAUUCACAGAUAAGAGAUUUCAGCCUGUGCAUGAUCUUACUAUUGGAGUUGAAUUUGGUGCUCGUAUGAUCACUAUUGACGGCAAACAAAUUAAACUUCAAAUUUGGGAUACAGCUGGUCAAGAAGCAUUCCGAUCUAUUACUAGAUCAUAUUAUCGUGGUGCUGCUGGAGCAUUACUUGUAUACGAUAUUACACGUAGAGAAACCUUUAAUCAUUUGACAACAUGGUUAGAGGAUGCGAGACAACAUUCGAAUUCUAAUAUGGUUAUUAUGUUAAUUGGAAAUAAAAGUGAUCUUGAUGCUCGAAGAGAAGUUAAAAGAGAAGAAGGCGAAGCUUUUGCUAGAGAACAUGGACUUGUUUUUAUGGAAACCAGUGCAAAAACCGCAGCAAAUGUAGAAGAAGCUUUUAUUAACACAGCUAAAGAAAUUUAUGAAAAAAUUCAAGAGGGUGUGUUUGACAUAAAUAAUGAGGCUAACGGCAUUAAGAUUGGACCGUCGCAUUCACCAACUAUUCCUGGAGGCAUAUCAGGACCAGGAGGUCAAGGUAGUGCACAAGGAGGUGGUUGCUGCUAGGGACUGGAUUUUACAUAUUCACCAUUUUAUCCGUCAAUGAUCUGAACUGAUUAUCUCAU